AUCUUGACCGGAUCCUAACUUCAAGGUUUCAUCAGAUUGAGUCAUUGACUGCUAAGCAUGAUGUUGGUGGGUGGUCAAAGUGUAGCGGAGUUCCUCUCGUCGGUAUUACCAGCACCUGGUAAUAGUCGUUUGGAGGAUGAGUUUCAGCGACCCUUAGUGACCCUCACAUUCGCUCAAUCUCUUGACGGGAAGAUAGCAGGCAAGGAGGGAAAACAGCUUAUUCUCAGCGGCAGAGAAAGCAUGCUCAUGACUCAUUGGAUGCGCACCAAGCACGAUGCCAUCCUAGUUGGCAUCGGUCGUCACAUCCCUGAGGAUGAACGGCCAAGCCAUCUGCCUCGUCCUGUGAUACUCGACGCAAACCUACGCCUUAGACCGGACUGCAAGCUGCUCAAAAAUUAUCGGGAAAGAAAAGGUCGCCGUCCGUGGGUAAUAUGCGAUGCUAAUUUGACCUCCGAUGGUGGAAGAAAAGCCGCCCUCGAGGACGCUGGAGCAAGAGUGAUAGGCGUGCCCUCGGUGGACGGUUUCAUCAUGAUCCCAGACCUCUUGAAGGUUCUUUAUAACUUUGGAAUCAAGACUCUCAUGGUUGAAGGAGGUGCGACCAUUAUCGACUCUUUCUUGGCGGAACCUGCACGCACCAAGCCUAAUAUCAUCAUCGUCACAAUUGCUCCGACGCUGAUUGGUGACAAUGGUGUUGGUUACGGCAAGAAACUCUCGGCUACACAGAUCCCCUCCUUGAAACACAUCCGAACUGAAGUCAUGGGGCGAGAUGUUGUGAUUGUCAGUGCAUUAGAGUGAAUUUUGCUCGAAUGAGCAUUAGCUCCCAUAGGAUAAUCAGAAACUACGAGAACAACAAAGCAAGAUGACUUAUGUUACAUAUCAAUGAGAUGAUUGCUGGGUAUAACAGUUGCAGUGUGUG